AAUAUUAAGGAAGUUUUCCGACGACUUUCUAAGAUAAGCUUUAAGACUAUAUCUAAGAAGUACAAAUUCUAUAAGAAAGAGGUUAAGUUCCUCGGAUUCGUUAUUAGAAUCUAUAGUAUACGAAUUAGUCCUAAUAAGAUUAAGUUAGUAUAG